AGAAACAAACAAAGAGACAGAGAGCACACAGCCCACGCCUGAGAGCGAGAGAGAGAGAGACAGACAAACAUAAAUUCCUUUGCCCACCCGCCCCAACUCUAACCAAACCCAAAAACCACCAAUGGCGAUCUCCUUGUGCUUCACACCCGCCUCCACCUCCUCAUCCUCAUCCUCAUCCUCUCUCUCCAAACUCAAUCCCCACCGUCCAUCUCUACCCUCCGCAUCGCCCCUCCUCCACCUCCGCCUCACUGUAACCCCUCCCUCCCUCACCCACCGCCACCGCCAGUUCCGCCAGGUCCUAUUCUCCACCGGCAGCGGAGACGGAGGCAUCAACGGCCGCGACUCUUCCGGAGGUGGCGGCGGGGGCGGGGAUGAUGGCGACACCAACGGCGGUUCGGACAAUGCAGGCGGGAAGAACUUGGCGGAGGCCUUGUUGGUGUUGGCGGAGUCUAAGCGGGGCUUGGAGAGCUUGCCCAAGGACCUGGCCGCCGCGAUCCAGGCGGGUCGGAUCCCCGGGUCAGUUGUGACCCGGUACUUCGAGCUGGAGAAGUCGGGGCUUUUCAAGUGGUUGAUGCAAUUCGCUGGGUUCAGAGAGAGGCUGCUGGCCGAUGAUCUUUUUUUCGCUAAGGUCUUCAUGGAAUGCGGCGUUGGUCUCUUCACUAAGACUGCUGCGGAGUACCAGCGUCGCGGAGAGAACUUUUUCAAUGAGCUUGAAGUUGUUUUUGCAGAUGUGGUAAUGGCCAUCAUUGCAGAUUUCAUGCUUGUAUAUCUUCCAGCACCAACUGUCUCUCUCCGACCUCCACUUGCACUCAAUGCAGGAGCAAUCACUAAGUUUUUCCAUGGCUGCCCUGAUAAUGCCUUCCAGAUCGCUCUCUCUGGAACAUCAUACUCAUUACUACAGAGGAUUGGUGGAGUAGUGAGAAACGGGGCCAAGCUCUUUGCUGUUGGUACUGCUUCCUCACUGGUUGGGACAGCUGUGACAAAUGCGUUGAUCAAUGCAAGGAAGGCUGUUGAUAAGGACAAAGCAGGUGAAAUUGAGAAUGUGCCUAUAGUAUCCACUAGCGUUGCAUAUGGUGUCUACAUGGCAGUUUCUAGCAAUCUCAGGUACCAAGUAUUGGCCGGUGUUAUUGAACAAAGGUGUUUGGAACCGCUACUACAUAAACACAAGCUCAUGCUAAGUGCAAUUUGCUUUGCCGUUCGGACUGGCAACACGUUCUUGGGUUCAUUAUUGUGGGUGGACUAUGCUCGUAUGAUAGGAAUUCAGAAAGCUCAUUAGUAUACGAACCACUGCAUUUUCUUAUUUUAUAGAGUUUCUUGAAGGCGUGAUUGUUGGUGUGCUGAAUUUUACUGUGUUUCAUAAAUCGGGAAAAAACUGAGACAAUUGAAGUUAUGGGAGUUAUAAGGUGCUAGGUUACUUAGGUUUUUUCCUCAUGUAUUUAUACUGCUCGUGGCUGGGCAAACUUUUUCUGUUUACUUCUCUUGGUGUUGGGCGGAUUUUGUUACAGAAAUUCGAACAAUGAAAAAAAAGGGUUUUAAAUUUUUUAAUGGAGUUUUGUGUAA